UGCACCAAGCAGUCAGUCCCACGUGCUUUAGUUCUUGUCAUGUGACGUCACAGCGCUCAUUGGGUGCCAUCAAUUCUUUACCAGCUGUUCGCGAUUAAUGUGACAUUCACGGGGGAAAAAACAACACCAACAUGAGCAGGGUUUUACUGGAUGAAUGCCUUAGGAAUUAAGUUCUAUUUAGCAAGUUAGCGGUUUUGCUUUGUUGGUUGUUUUAUUUCGAAUCGCGCCGUAUUACAGAGACAUGGCCCUUACUGAUAACGGGUGCGUUUGUUAACGAUGAUUCUAUAGUUUUGUUGCGGUUUGGGGAGUUUGGCAGUCUGUUUUAGCGGCUGAAAACUCAUUUUAGAGAAAUAGCGCUGAAAAAAAAACAAGGUAGAAACGUGUGACAGAGAGACCAGCAAAGCAGCCAUGAUAACGUCAACUCCUGAGACUUCAGCCGGCCGACCUUCACGCUCCGGGCGCCGCAGCGCCGCCACUGCCGCGGCCGCAGGAGGCUCUCCGUCCUCCGUAAGUCCGACCCGCUUGACUCGCUUGCAGGAGAAAGACGACCUGCGACAGCUCAAUGACCGCCUCGCCAAUUACAUUGAGCGCGUGCGACAGCUCGAGAAUGAGAAAUCAUCCAUGCGGCUCCUUCUAGAAGAGAAAGAAGAGACCACGACCCGGGAGCUGAAGAACGUGAGACUGUUGUAUGAAACUGAGCUGGCAGACGCUAGAAAAACUCUAGACAAUACAGCGAAUGAGAGAGCCAGGCUUCAGAUAGAGUACAGCCAACUGUGUGAAGACCAUCGCAAGCUAGUGACCAGGAAUAACAAGAAAGAAUCUGAGCUGAGCAACGCAGAAGAGCGCUGGAGGAAUCUUGAAGCGGCACUGAACUCCAAAGAGGCAGACUAUGCUAAUUUAUUAGCAGCUAACCGCAGGCUGGAAAACAAUGUUGCAGACCUCACAACACAAGUGGAAAAUCUGGACUCAGCCUUGCAAAAUGCCAAAGCUCAGGUUAAUUCAGAGACGCUUCGUCGAGUUGACGCCGAGAACCAGAUGCAGACCCUCCACGAGCAAAUGGAGUUUCAUAAGCAGCUCAGUGAACAGGAAGUUAGGGAGAUGCGAAGUCGAUACGAGAGUCGUCUGGUGGAGGUGGAUUCAGGAAGGCAGAAGGAGUUUGAGAGCAAGUUAGCAGAGGCCAUGCAGCAGCUACGACAAGAGCAUGAGUCCCAGAUCCAGCAGUAUAAAGAGGACCUGGAGCGCAGCUUUAACUCUAAGCUGGAAAAUGCCAAGCAGGUGGCCUUGAAGAACAGUGAUUAUGCCACCUCUACCAGAGAAGAGCUGGAAGGGACCAGAAUAAAAGUGGAAUCCCAGUCCAAGCAGAUAAACAGCCUGCAGAAACGGAACCGAGAGCUGGAGGCACGCGUGCAGGACCUGGAGCGAGCUCUGGAUCGCGAGAGGCAGCUCAGCCAGCAGCGGCUCUCCCAAAAGGAGCAGGAGAUGGCCGACAUGAGGCAGCAGAUGCAGGCACAGCUCGAGGAGUACCAGAGUCUGUUGGACGUCAAACUCAUGCUGGACAUGGAGAUCAAUGCCUACCGCAAGAUGCUGGAGGGAGAGGAGCAACGACUCAAUCUUUCCCCAAGUCCCUCUCAGCACGCUCCCAUCUCCCGCACACAUGUCCAAGCCACACGAAAGGCCUGGGGAAAGAAACGGAAACAUGAGGGUGGGACAGGUCUCUCUCCAAGCUUCAAAUUGUCUCAACACUCGUCCGCCCGUGGCUGCAUGUCCAUCGAAGAGAUCGACCUUGACGGAAACUUCAUAAGACUCAAGAACAACUCUGACCAUGAUCAGCCACUAGGAGGCUGGGUAGUGAGGAGGAGUCAACCAGGAGGACCUGACAUCAUCUUUAAGAUCCCUUCAUCGCACACUCUGGCUGCUGGGCAAACAAUGACGAUUUGGUCUGCAGGAGCACGAGUAGAGCAGAAACCCCUUUCUGAUCUGGUGCUGAGAAGCCCAAAGUCGUGGGGAGCUGUGAGCGAUGUCCGAGUGUCUCUUCUCAAUCAGUACAAUGAAGAGACUGCAGAGCGCUGUGUGGUGCGUCUGCAGGGUCAAACAGAUGAAGACUUGGACGAGGAUCUGGAUGAAGAGAGCGGCGUUGGAUCCGAGAUUCACCUCCGCCGGCAGGCCAAAAGAAAGAAAAAGAAAUGUUGUGCUCUUUCCUGAUGUGUCCUAGCAAAGGUUAUGUGCCAAGUCAGGAGGCCAGCUGUGUAGUAAUGUAACUGCCGUCUACACCUGAUGUCUGCGCCGGACUGGGAUGUAGACAUGCAAUGCCAAAUCUUUCACACAAAGUGUUUCAUAUAUCUAUGUAACCACCACACCCUGAAAUGGUUUCUCAUAGCAACAAUUUCUGUUUCUUAUUCCAGGGCCCACGACUAAGACCUGAGAAGGACCAUAAAGCCCUCGUUUCAUUCACAUGAACAUAUUAAAUGAGGUGUAUUGGGCUAAAUCAAGACCAGCAAUAAUAGUCUGCAAACUUUUCUUGCCUGGUCUUUGGAAGGUCUGUUCCCCAUUUAUUGUGCCUUGGCAUGCCAUGUUAUCUUUUCUUUUGCACUUUGCUAUAAUUGCACAUAACACAUGCUCAUGUUAAGCUCAUGGGACGGUUUGUACGAGUCUUCAGAUGUAGGGAACCGUUCCUGAGGACUAACAUGGUAGACAACUGUUAAACAUGUAGCGUUGUGGGAUUUUGGAUUUGAGAAAUAAACAUUUCCUGUGAUUUUUCUUAGUUAUGAAUGCAAAUGACUGUGACCCUGUUUAUUUUGUCACAUGUUAAUUGGUUAUUAAUUUAAUUUGUUCUCAUAAUUUAAUCAGUGUGCUGACAAAAGCCUUAAUCAGAAUUUGUCAAAAUGAACUUUUUUGCACGUUUUCCCCACUUUUGAAGUAAAACAUGCCAGAACAUCUAAGCAGAACACCUAGAGACCUCAAGAAGAACUGAUUGUCAUUGUUGUCUAUUGUUUAGAACCCUAAAGUAUCCAAUUUUAUACAUAUAAAUUUAAUAAAGAAUAUGCUGUAAUGGA